GUCGUCUUUCUCAUCGUUCUCCAGAAACUAGAAACCCUAAUUUCAAAUUCGAAAAUGGCGACACAAAAUCAAACCAUAAAUCUCACAGAUGCGAUAUUGACGGAGAUUAUAGCUAGGUUACCAUUGAGAAUCAUCGCUAGAUUCAAAUUAGUAAGCAAAACAUGGAAAUCAACAAUCGAAUCACUCUAUUUCCGUCGUCUCUUCGUGUCUCUGCACCAAAAAUCCUCAACGUCGUGGUCGCUAAUGAACUAUGGAGACGAAUUCUUUGGUUUCCAUGGAUGCGAGACAUGGGAUCUUCAAAAGUCUCUAUCUUUUUACAUCCCACCGUCUCUUCAUGUGAUCAAGGCUUCUUCCCAUGGAUUGGUUUUGAUUUCAGAUUAUGGUGAUUACUGUUUUGUGGGCAAUCCAGUUUUACGACAAUGGAUCAAAAUCCCUCCAGCUCCAGGUAAGUCUUCUGUGUUUGGUUUGGUGACUCGUGUGGACGACUAUGGCUUCGUUUUAGGCUUCAAAGUCGUUAGGUUAGCUAAAAUGCGACCGACUAGUAUUUACCUUUCAAGUGUAUUGAAUGUGUUUAUGUAUUCCUCUGAGACUGGGAUUUGGACUUCGAAGACAAUUCACUGCCCUUAUCAAAUCACCAACCCUGGUUCUUUGACUUUGGCUGGUACCAUUUACUUUUCCCAUCUUAGUGAACCUGGAUUACUCGUAGCUCAUGAUUUCUAUUCUGAAUCAUCCGAUCAAUUUCGGGUUAUACCUCUCCCGGAUCAUCCGAAUCACGACUUCAAAAGUGCUUUGACUUCAUCUGGAGGAUUUGCUAUGUAUAUCAGAACAUUAUCUGAAUCGUCGUCUAAUGAUUUCAAGGCUUGGAGGUUGAACAAUGAUUCAACUUGGCAACUUCUGUGGAAUAUCGCCCUCCCGAUAAGUCUUAUCAGUGAUUAUGUACCCAUGGCUAUGCAUCCAUUUGAUAGUGACAUUGUCUAUUUUUGGAGUCGAGAGAAUCGUCAUUUGGUAUCUUGUAACUUGCGGACACAGAACAAUAGAAUCCUCGGAGCCGAAGAUAAUGAUGAUGAUCAUGAAGAUUAUAUCUCGAAUAAGUCAAAUUGUGAGAAGGAAAUGGAUGAGAUAUGCGGCUUUAAAGUCUCGGCCGGGUUAUUACAACUCGUUCUCCCACGGUGGAUGGAAUCGGUGCCUCGUCCUCCUCAAGUUGAGAUUAUGAAUACAACUUCAGUAAUCUCUUACGUCACUUCAAUGCAAGAGACAAGAAGAAGGAAUAGAGACACAUAUGGUUAUUGAAUCAAUGAUUUCAAUUUGGUUUCUGGUUUUUUUCUUUUCUUGUCUUUUGGUUUCUCCAUAUGCUGCUUCUUUUAUCAGUCCAAUGACAUGUUGCCAUUUCAUCUUUCUAAGUUUUUACCACGAAUUCACUUUCUUGAAAAUAUGAUUUUUGUUAGCUUUACUUCCUUGAAUAGUAAAUUGAUGCGUUAUUU